UCAAGAGCCUUUUGGGAGGAGUGGUGCUUGGAGCCCACAACAAUGGCAGCUGUCUCCAGCCAAUUUCCCUCCGAAACCCCCAUAAAAUCCCUCUUUAUAUAAUCUGCUUUCCACUCCCUUCUUCUUCCACACUUCACACAUUUACCUCUCAUAAGCUUCACUCUUCUUCUAUUCAUGUCGUUUUUCGCAAAUCUAUUUCUUUUGUUUCUUGUCAUUCAGUUUGGAUCUAACAAUGGAUCUGAACAAACUCUCAACCUGAUAAACUCAAAUUACUUCAAUCCAAAACUUCCUCCGAGAACACUAUCUUCGAAUAAGAAAUUUGAAGGUUCAUCCGACCUGGUAAACCUUCGUUACCAUAUGGGUCCAGUUCUUUCUUCUCCGAUCAACAUUUACCUCAUUUGGUACGGGAAAUGGACACCGUCGCAGCAACUCCUUAUUAAGGACUUCCUUCUUUCCGUUUCUACUUUCAAUCAUCGCGCUGCGCCUUCACCUUCAGUUGCUGAGUGGUGGAGUACUGUUUCGUUAUACACUGACCAAACCGGAGCUAACAUUUCUCGAUCUGUACUCAUCGCCGGAGAAUAUUCCGAUCGUAAAUACUCUCAAGGUACUCACCUCACCCGUCUCUCAAUACAAGACGUCAUUGCCGAAGCUGUUAAAUCAAAACCCUUCACAGUCGACCAUAAGAAAGGAAUCUACCUAGUGUUAACUUCCGUCGACGUAACGAUGCAGGAUUUCUGCCGCGCUGUGUGUGGGUUUCAUUACUUCACCUUUGCAUCAAAAGUUGGUUACACACUUCCCUAUGCUUGGGUUGGGAAUUCCGGUAAGCAAUGUCCUGAAGUCUGUGCAUAUCCAUUUGCUGUUCCGGGAUAUAUGGGAGGAAAUGGACCAGGUGCAUUGAAAUCCCCAAACGGUGAUAUUGGAGUAGACGGGAUGAUAAGCGUUAUAGGUCAUGAAUUAGCUGAGUUAUCGUCAAAUCCAUUAGUAAACGCUUGGUAUGCAGGGGAGGACCCAGUUGCUCCGACGGAAAUCGGUGAUUUGUGUGAGGGUUUGUACGGUACAGGAGGCGGUGGAGGGUAUAUGGGACAGGUAAUGAAGGACAGAGAUGGCCGGACUUACAAUUUGAAUGGAAGAAGAGGAAGAAAGUAUUUGGUGCAGUGGAUCUGGAACCCAAUUCUGAAAGCCUGUGCUGGUCCCAAUGCGAUGGACUAGUGGCGCCAAAGAAUCUGUAGCUAAGAAACUCCAUGGAUGGAGCUUGAUAAUAAAGCAAAAAAUGGAGGAAGGAGAAGAAUGGUAAAGAAACAGAGUGAGCAGUUUGCCGACUGCUUUUGGCCGGGGAUUACAAUUACUUUAUUUUAUUUUUAUUUUUUAUAUUUAUUUUAGUUUUUUUUCUUUUUUGUGGAUUUAUUUCCAUUAAAUCCCAAUACCAAUGUAAAAAGAGGAUAUUUAUUUUUAUUUUAUAUCGCAAUGGACAUGGUAAGUAAGGGUGUUCCAGGGUCAAUUUGAA